AUGAUCUUUGGUGGUGAGGAAGUAAAUGGGAUGAUAUUUUCAGCAGCAAAAAAGAUUAAGAUAUCGAUAACUCAUGGCAAGAGGAUUCGGGAAACUUUAGAAGAUGGUGAAAUCACCUUCACGGAUGAGGAUGUUAAUGGCCUCCUCCUACUACACAAUGAUGCUCUAGUAAUAUCACUUAAUAUUUUAGAUUUUAAAAUUAAACGUGUGUUGGCUGAUUUAGAAAUUUCAACCAACAUUAUUCAUUGGAGAGUUUUGGAGCAAGCAAAGUUAACAGGAAACAUACUUCCAGCAAUAAAGCUUCUGGCGGGGUUCAACCUAAUAAGUGUAACGCCCCGGGAAGAGAUUCUACUGCCCAUGCAUUCUGAAGGCAUAACGAAGACCACUUUGUUCGAUGUGGUAAAUGGCAACAUGGGGUACAACUUGAUCCUUGGAAGGCCUUAG